AUGUCAGGAACAGACCAAAACAAAGAAUCAGAGCUACCCCUCAGCAUGCAGUUUUAUGACUCGGAAAGAUAUCAGCCAUCCUUAGAAGAUGUGCUCACGGUUAAAAACAUCCUCUUCACUCUACGCCCGGAAUCCCCGCUACCUCUAGAGCUCAUCGAUGCCAUAAUAGACUUAUCCGAAUAUUGGCCUCAUACAACAACCAAAGGGUUUUUCUUUCCCGGUCAGGAAGACGGUGACCAGAGCCUCAACAUCAGUAGACGAGAAGUCACCAUCAGAGCCGGUGGUCCGUUAGAAAAUAAGUUCCUUUUACGGACCCUUCCCAUCGGCUAUCUCCCAUCUCCAGGAAACAUUAAAGUUUCUUCACUCGAAAUACAUUCAGAAGAUCAAUGGAAGUUUUCCAAACAGAUACCCAAAUUCUUGCCAAAAGAUCGAGAAAUUCCACAAGAUGCCACAGAGGAAGUCCUCACCAAGUGGGCGGAGAGAUCACAAAUUCGUGGGGAACACCCUUGCAAGAAAAUCGUAUUUCAUCUCAGAAGUCACGAUCAAGGAUGGGGAGGUGUACGUACAGAUAAAGGAACAUACAGAGGAUCAUACACGUGGUUUGACGUCGGUCUGGAAAGAACAUAUGCCACGAGGAAAGGUAAUUCAUCAUGUUUCUUCCAGGCUCAUACCAAUAACAUAUCCAAUCUUCAAGAUCUAACAGCUAUCAAACCAGCAGAACACAUCCCUGAAAGUCCCUCUUUCCGUCUCUCCAGCUCUGACUCGGACACACAAGAAUCGACGAGUGAGAUCAAAUGCAGUACACAAACAAUCUUCCCCGACGUUCAAAUUAAUCCAAGCUAUGAUCGUGAAAACGACGCAAACCCGGCCACAAAAUACCCACACAUGUUUAUACAUACACUUAACCCCCAUAACAAGAUCCUCCAGAAAAACAAAACCGCAACAAAGGGUUUUGAGGAUCACAAGAUAACAUGGAGAUUCAAUGAUGAUAUACAUCCAGAAAGUCCCGAAGCAGACGAACUAGAAGCGCAAGGUAGAGGACGAGAAACUGCUAAUGGUGAAUUCGUUCGUAACCUGGAAAUUGGUGAUGUGGUAACGCUUUGGGCGAAAGCGAGGUUUCCAGGUUGGGCCAAUACUGUGGAGGAUGUGAGUAUGGAUGUUUAUUAUGCGGUUUAA